AUGACAGAUCCCAUGUAUCAGAUCCCAGAAGAAUACCAAUCACAGCUGAAGUACGUUGAAUCUAACGACAACCGCACUGAUGCUGAGAUUCUGGAUGCCUUGACGAAACAUGCACCCAUCACGUCCGAGAAGAACAUUUGGACGUUCUGGCAUGCUGGCGUACAGCAGAUGCCGGAGUGGACGCAGCGCAACAUCAUCAAUUGGGUGCGACUUCAUGGCCCUGAGUGGACGAUUCGCGUGCUGGAUACAGUACCGGACUCGCUAAAUCACGCGUUGACUUGGAUCUCCACCGAGCUUCUUCCAGAGACCUUUGUGAAGGGUACGAUGACAGGACCAUACGUAGGCCCUCAUAGCGCCGACUUCCUGCGUGGCGCAGCACUGUACACGUACGGCGGGGUGUGGAUGGACGUCGGAUGCAUCGUGUUCCGCCACCUCGAUAAGGUCUGCUGGGACCAGCUUGGGGACGACAGCAGCCCGUUUACAGUUGCUGCGCCACUGGUGUAUGGGCAGUUCAUGGCGAAUCAUGUCGUGGCUUCUCGAAAGGGCGACAAGCACCUGAUCUUCCUCGAGCUCUGGAAGGGCCGUACCGAUUUUACUGGCGUGGUGCAGUCGCCUCUCAUCAGCUUCAUCAAGCAGAUGAAUAACAACGCUCUUUACGAAGCCGGAUUCAAGUGGGAGUGGAAAGUCGACGAGCAGACUCUCAUCGGAUACAUUGGACAGUGUCUCGCCUGGAUACGCUUAACGUGGCUGCAAGAGCCCAACGGUGGUUUCGAUGGCGUCACAUACUGGGCUGAGAAAAUCUUGCUAUGGCAUGCGCUAUCCGAGGACUUUCCUGCUGAGAACACUCUUGGCUUCGAUAGCGCAGACUUCAUGAAGCUUUUGACCAUGAGAGUGGAUGCUGACGAGUCCGAUGUGGAAUAUGAGAAGGCGAGAAAGGCCACGUGGGGCAUGUUGACGCAGAGUGUGAUGCAGAAGAUUACACAUGGCAAAGGACUGGGCGAAACACUCCAUAUCGGCACAUUGCUGGACCUUCCGGAGAACGAGGGUAUAGAUGCUGCACCUGGUACCUUGGGAGGGCUACUGCGAUAUGGGAGCGUGCAUUUGGAACAGACGAGGGACAUGCCAUACAUCAAGGCACCUGCGGUGGAUCCCAAGUGCAUUCUUCGCAAGGGAUUACUGGAGGCGUAAAGACAUCCGCCUAGGUAGUGCUUUGGGAUAUGGGCGGCCGGAAAGCGGAAAUUUUUUGCCGUAUAAUCUUACUUUCUUUUGUUG